AGCAGCAGCAGCAGCAGCAGCGAAGAACUCAAGCGAAGUGAACGUGGAGUGCAUCGUGCCGUACGCAAAACGCACUUGUCGCCUGAAGCAAACGGCAAAUCAUGCAGGAUUUUGGUAGCACCCCUAGCUUGCUGAAGCGGCCACUGCGCGGACCGCGGCGACGCGUCUCGGCGCGACGCAAGACGCUACUCGCCUGCGUCGGCCUCGUCCUUGUUCUUUUCAUUUUUAUCCUUUUCCGCGUUGACCGCGUGGUGACGCGCCCGCCGCUCCCUAGCACGACACUGGCGGAGACGGGCAUGGGUCCGCGACUCCCCACCGCGGGCCCGACGGGAACUCGCACUCAGCAAGCCUUUACUUCCAUCGUGCCCACCAAUCCAACCGCAGUCGUCGCCACAACCACCACGACGACAACGAAAGGCACGGAGGUGAGUCGGGGCGGAUUCCAGAAGCCGUGGGUAACCGCCGGGCCGGCGUCAGCAGAUCCCGCAGGAACUGACCACAUCGUUUUUCAAGCGCUCGUCGGAUCUCACCCGCCCGGUACGGCGUGGCGUGCGCCCGCGACGCAGGGCAUCGUCGCCCUCGCCAAGUCGGGCACCCUUGCCUACGUCACGCCGACCAUCACGGUGCGACACCACCGUGCGGAUUACCGAAAGUGGGAGUCCAUCUAUCAACCAAUGGACGCGUUCACGAUCCCCGCCUGGGCUGCGCCGGAGGACCGCGAUGCUCUGCAGCACGCAUCGAUUUUUACCUCGCUCGCGGCGUUUCGCGAUCACGAAUGCGCCACCACGUUGCGCGACCUCUACGAGAUGGCCGUGGCGCCGCACCGUCUGUACGUUGGCAUCAGCGAGGAGCGCAAAGCCUCCGAUGCGAGCUGCCUUGCCUACUUACAGGUCGAUGACCUGGCCAGCGGAGAAGCACGCCGUCUGCUGUACGGCGAGCACGCACCGGCGGGCCUCCACGUGGAGCUGCGGCCGCUGACCUGGGCAGACGUGGUGUUCCCGCGGACUAUCCUCGACGUGGACGUCGCGAUGAACGCAUCCAACCCGAUCCCGUCCGCGCCGUACCCCGCGGGCAUCUUCCUCCACCCUUCCUACGCGGAGGAGCGCCUGUCCUGCGUGGCCGGCGAGCUCGAGACGCUGCGUGACCGCCUGCUGCUGCACGAGGACGACGUGAAGCGCGAGGCGACUGGCGGGACGGUGUUUCGGCGAGGCCGCGGUGGGCUGCAGCAGCAGCCGUCGCGCGCGCUGGCCGGGUGCCGCGUGACGACGCGUGUGACGCUGCCGGAGCUGGCGCGUGGGCCGACGUUUGGCCGCUACAUCACGAGUCUCUUCUUCUUCGACCAGGACUACUUCAUGGUUGUGGACAGCCACACGCGCUUCUCUGUGCACUGGGAUGCGAAGCUGAUCACGCGCAUCUUCCAGCUGCCGACGCCCGGCGUGCUGUCCUACUACCCGAACGGCUAUCGCGAGGGCCAUGAGCGAGAAGAAUACGGCAAGCGUGACUUUAUGUUGAUGUGCACGGCGCAGGUGCUGGCGAAUGGGAUGCCGAAGCUGGGUGCGCGUUGGCGGCGCGUCGAGAAGCGUCCAAUCUUGCAAGGCUUUGCCGCGGCUGGUUUCAUGUUUGGCGAUGCGCAGUACGUGCUGGACACGCCCUUCGACCCCUUCCUGCCGUACCUGUUUGAUGGCGAGGAGGUGCUGUUUUCUGCGCGGAUGUGGACGGGUGGCUGGGACAUCUACGGCCCUGCGGAGUCGGACGUCUUCCACCACUACGGAAGGGAUAAUACGCCGAAGUACUUUGCUGUUAUGAAAGAAGUCGAGGCACGGCGCCGCAUUCUGUCGGAGCGCCGCACCCUCUAUCUGCUGCGUCGUGCCCAGCCGUGGGUACAGGAGUUGGUGUCGCGCGGCUACGUGACGGCGAGUGGGCAGGAGACGCUGAAGCCGCUGCCGCCUGUGGAGCCGCCGGAGUUGCGGCUGAUUGUGAAUGACGAGAUGGCUGCGGCGACGCGCGAGAUCAACGUGUGGAAGUCGUACUACGGUAUGGGGACUGCUCGGACGCUGGCGCAGUACUGGAAGCACACGGAGCUGUCGGACACGUUUGUGAAGAAGAGGGACAGCGAGGGCCGCUGGAUGGGUGGCGAGGGCCUGUGCAAAGGCGGCUACUAA